AGGGGUAUUCUAUCUAGAGGAUUCCUUACAGGGAUUUAUAUCGUCAUCCGCCAAUCAGAUAGAGCGAAUCCUGUCAGCUCCUGCACGCCACCCACUGAUAACCCCUCACCAGACUGAGUGACGGCGAUCGUAGAGUCUGCGACAAAAACAUACUCUAAGGUUUCCCAAGUAUGCGCUCGCCAUCAAUGAGCACCCGCCGUAUACAGCCAUGGCUACAGAUCCGGGCUUGGACGGUGAGGAGAGUAUUUCGAGCAAAUGUCACAACCUAAUAAGAAAGUUGAACGACCUAAUAGACUUACUUAAAGAGAAGGAAGCGACCGACGGAGUAGUAGUAACUCCGACGUCAGUAUCUGAUGUUCUCGAUAGAUUUUCGCUCUGGUGUGGAAAUCUAGGGGCUCUGCACAAGCCGACCAAGAAAUUAUCUUUAGAUCAGCGAUUAGCAGAUGCUCCAGAUGUGAAAGACCAGAUUCUAGUCAAUAUUGACGAUUUUAAUGAAGCCAUAGAAGAUCUCUCCGGAAUCAUCUUGGGCGACAAUCCAAACCGCGAGAUAUCAUCCAACGACGAUUAUGACGAUUUAAAUGACGAUGGUGGGGCAGGUCUUCACGACGACGACGACCCGCCGAUGGACGAAGCCCAUAUGAAUCUAGAACUGAUGGCAGAGGCAAUGAGGUCGCUAUUCCAACUUGGCGUCCUUGUUCGAAAAUCUGGGCCUCGCGACCGGUUCCAAAAGGCGCUACAGCAAUCCACAAUUAGUUACCCGGAAUUCUUCGAUGUAAACUACGUUGAGCAGAAAUAUUCAAAACUAUAUAAAGCUGAGGAUCGACGAUUGUCAACCCGCCUGGGGUCCGCUAAUGCUAAACGGCGGCAAUUCAUGACAUACUGUCGCGAGCACAAGGCUCGCCUAGAUGCCCACGAUGAUGAUGAUGCGCCAGUCAUACGCGAUGGGGCGACGGAAAAAUUAUCAAGUAAAGCGACGACUUUCAUUCAAAACACCGAAUCUGGAGCAACGGAACCUAUCACUGGGGAGGAGGACGAUGCGAUCUCAAUUAUGACGGCGACAACCACGUUCAAUUCAGAUACGAAGCUCAAGCUACCGAGCCUUGCGGAGGUUUCAUCGGGUGAAGAUUCUUUCGAAUGUCCCAUUUGCUUCACUCUUCAGUCCAUUGAAACUGAGAAGUCAUGGAAGAUACAUGCCUUUCGGGACCUCAAAGCAUACAUCUGCACAGUUGGAGGAACAGAAUGUAACUCAUUAUUUUUUGGUGACCGCAACGCCUGGUUUGAACACGAGCUACAGAACCAUCGGUCCCGUUACAACUGCACUUUAUGUGAUCGGAAAGGCUUUCAAUCUAAAGCCUCCUUCAUGGAGCAUAUCUCCUCCACACAUGGCUCUUUUCCGCAAGACCAAUUAUCCGCAUUGGCUGACGCUAGUUGUGUGAUACCAUCCCUAUUUAACGCCCGGGAUUGUCCCUUCUGCGAUGAUUGGGCCUCAGUACUGCAGCAGAGGCAAAAUACCAAGGGAAAGAGGGUCGACAACGGCAUCAUACAAGAUGUCUUCGUGCCAGCGGCGAAAUUUAAGAGGCACGUAGCCACUCAUCAAGAACAGCUAGCUAUUUUUGUUGUCCCUAGAUCGAGCGACCCGGAUGCAGAUGAAAACGUGGGAAGCGACAGCACCACCGCUAGAUUAGAGGAACAGUUUCCCAUUGAUGCAUCUGGUAGUGGGGAAAAUAGCGACAUGGACGAACUACCCAACCCCGGAGAUACGCCAUUUGACACUAAAACUUAUGUUCGAACUACGACAAGUGUUCCCUCUGACACUCAAAGUGCGUUUAGCGAUAUCGAUGUCGAGAACAACGAUGAUGCGGUAGACGACGAGGCGUCGGGGGACCCCACCGCCGAAGCCAGACCAGAUCCAUUCCCGAGCAAAGACGCGGAUGAAGGGGUUCCCACCGUAACAGAAGAUGAAUUCAACUACAUCACAUCCGAUGAUCUCGAGCAACAUGGCUUCCCCAAGGAUGACGAUAAACCUACUACCAAUUCUGACCCCGACCCUGCCCCUGCCCCUGAUCCCGACGUUUUGCGCAUUAAAAUCGGCGACCGCGUCCUCCUAUACAACUUCCCAGCGUACAGUAUCGGUGAUGGGAAAUUGCGUGUUAUAGACCUUCGGAACCAAAUAGGGCGAAGAUUGCAGCUCGACGUCGCACGGACGCACCUCCUUGGUAUGUCAUACAAAGGGCGCGAGUUAGAAAACAAUGACUACCCAUUACGUAAUUAUGGUGUUAAGAACAACAGUAUAAUCGAUGUCGUGUUACCAAAAGCUCCGUUUCUAGAGGACUUAUCCGAGGAGGAUAGUCCGAGUCUUAAAUCCGAAAACUCAAACGACGGUGGGCCUAAGACUACAGAGCCGCCAGAGACCAUCAACCGUACUGAGAUAGAAACAGAGGAAGCUAGAGAGAAACUGGGGGCAGAGAAGAUACAAACAGAAACGGAUACAGGGGAGGAGGGGGAAUUAAAUAUUGAAUCGACAGCACAGAAACGAAGACGAGAGAGAAGGAAAGAGAGAUGGGAGAAAGGAAGACAAGAAGAGGAGGAGAUACGGAGAGAGGAAGAGGCGCAAAGACAAAGACUGAUGGAGAGAAUGGCGCCGCAAAAUAAAGGAAAGAUACCAAGGCACAGGAGAUUAGAUACAUAUAAAUGGAUAGGAAGCGAUGAGGAGGGGGGAAGUGAUGACACAAACCAGCCUGAGGGCGCGAGAAGUACGGGUAGUGGCUUGGAUAGAGAAAAUCCGGAAGCCGAACAGGUCCCUCCAAAAAAACCGCCCGCGGAUUCGCCCGCAUUGCGGGAGCUUGCUGCGCUCGAGAGAGACUUCAAUACCAACUAUCUGCCGCAAUGCCAACAGUUCUCUGCGAACCCACCUGGCGACUACAAACAGCUCGAGAAGGAACACCGCCGGAUUAGCGAGACCAUUAUGCAAGAGAUCCUGUUGAAACUUGAUGGUAUUGAAACGGAAGGUAUUCCUGAAGUGAGAGCAAGGAGGAAAGGGCUCGUAGCUUAUGUCCACACUGCUCUCAAGGACAUUGACAAGCACUUGAGGAAUAUAUAAGGCCCUGCCUGGCAAGUCUACCGGAGCUAUAAGGAGGCAUAGAAGGGAGCCUUCGUGGUAGCUAGUUGCGACCACUCUACGCAAUAAUGCUGUGAAUUAUCUAUCGCCAUUCCAGCUUAAAUUGCAGCAAAAGUAGACCAUUAGAUAAGGGGUUCCAUCAACUAGACAUCUCAAAGAUCUUCGCCAAAUCCUUCUCAAGCUUACAGUGCUCUCCUGUCGGCUCAACCCUGUAUCGGUACCGUUCUUAUGACGCGCGGUGUUAUCUUCGU